AACCCAAUGACAGAUGAGUUUCUAUUUCAAGACAAUAAGAACCAUACUGUCUGUGUAAAUCCAACAAAAGGAACUUUAAACGAGAAACCUAUAGAUGAACUUCUUUUGAAAGCAGAUGUUGAAAAGAAAGCUGACAAAGAGUAUGUCAUUGAAAAAGUUCAAGAAGAACAUGACAGAGCAGAUGCAACAUAUGCAACAAAAGCAGAUGUUGACAACAAAGCUGACAAAGAGUAUGUCAUUGAAAAAGUUCAAGAAGAACAUGACAGAGCAGAUGCAACAUAUGCAACAAAAGAACAUACUCAUCCUGAACUAGCAGACAAAACAUAUGUUGACAAUAAAAUGUCAAGUGAAGUGACAAGAGCUGAAAACGAAUAUUCUAAAAAGACUCAUACACAUACCAUUGCAAAUAUUACAAACUUACAAGAAACCUUAAACAGGAAAAGUGACGUUGGACAUACACAUACCAUUGCAAAUAUUACAAACUUACAAGAAACCUUAAACAGGAAAAGUGACGUUGGACAUACACAUACCAUUGCAAAUAUUACAAACUUACAAGAAACCUUAAACAGGAAAAGUGACGUUGGACAUACACAUACCAUUGCAAAUAUUACAAACUUACAAGAAACCUUAAACAGGAAAA